UUGGAACUGUCCACCGGACUGGACCUCAUCAGCAACAAAACUAAGCCCCUCUUGCUGUCUGGCUGGUGCCACAUGCUCGCCCUCCUCUAAGGACCAGGUAAGUCAGUUCCUCCAUCUCUCACCUCUCAGCACCUUCCUGCAGUAUUGUGGACCACCUGCUGAAGUCCCAGCAUGCCUUUCCCAAGCUCACGGAAGUCAUGGAGAAAAGAAGGCCCAAAUACAUCGAGGAAAUACUGAGGCAAAGACAUGGCUGGGAUCCCAGCACAGAUUCCCUGUCCUCCUGUAGUUAUAGUCUUGGCUGAGCUGAGCCCUUUCCUCACAGUGUUUGGAUUGGAUGUUGGACUAGGGUCCAGCUGGGCAGGCUAG